AUGGCCCAAAGUGACCUGUACAGGGUUUAUCUGAUUUAUCUUCCAAAAGACUUUUACACUGUGGACAGUCUGAACUAUUUUGAGUCGUUCCAAGUUCAGGAUGAUGAUAUUAUUUUAAUUACAUAUCCCAAAUCUGGUACAACGUGGAUGCAGGAAAUACUUCCUCUGCUCCUGAAUGGAGGAGAUCUUACUCCAGUGCUCACUGUUCAAUCCUUUGAGAGAGUUCCAUGGAUUGAAACGCAAUACGCUGCUAAAUCUGUAGCCAAGCUGAGUGCUCCACGGACCAUCAGCUCUCAUAUGCCUUAUCACCUGAUGCCUUCCACCUUCUUCUCUUCUAAGGCUAAGGUCAUUUAUUUGACAAGAAACCCAAAGGAUGUCGUGGUUUCCUUUUUUUAUUUCCACCAAAUGUUUAAUAUUCUGCAUAAUCCGGGAACUUUUGAAGAAUUUACUGACAGCUUCUUAACAGGCAAUGUGAUGUUUGGAAAAUGGACUGAUCAUGUGAAAAGCUGGAGAAACCCAGAUUUAGGAGAUAGAAUUCUCUAUAUCACAUAUGAGGAGAUGAUUCAGGAUCUUCAGAAUGUCAUCGAACGUAUUUUAUGCUUUCUGAAUCGGCAGCUGAGUGAAGAUGCUCUGAAACGUGUGAUUGAACAGUGUCAGUUCAAAACCAUGAAGCAAAACAAAAUGUCCAAUUACUCGCUGGUGUCACCGGAAAUAUUCAACCACAAGAAGUCAUCUUUCCUUCGAAAAGGAAUUGCUGGUGAUUGGAAGAAUCACUUCAGCCCUGAGCUGGAGGCCAAAUUCAAUGCGGUAAUUUCUGAAGAACUGAAGGGAACUGGCAUCCCCUGGGAUGAGGAACACAAAUGAAAUCCAACUUAUUACAUGGAAUAAUUAAAAUAAAUCUAAAAAGCUUGAUAAAUCUGAAAAUCUUGAUAGUCAUAUAUUCUGGCUCCUUUCUGGUUUUAGUGCUAUCUCAUGACGAUGAAGGAUAUUUUCUGUCUCUCCCUGCACAAAACUUGAUUUGACCUUUCACACUACAGAAGUUUUGCUUAGUGAAGCUGUAAAGAUCUGUCUUCUGUCAUCAAAGCCACUGUACAUCUGAUCUUAAUUAUGACAUUAUUUAGGGGCAUAUAAUCUAUGCAGAGAUGUAAGC